CACUGGAUACGCGCCAGGGGGCGUCGCCGGGCGGGAGCGGCUUCCUGGGAGCGGGCGGCUCAGGCGGCGAAUCGCGGGGACAGCUCACCUGGACCAGCGACAUGGAGGACGGCGUGCUCAAGGAGGGCUUCCUCGUGAAGAGGGGCCACAUUGUCCCCAACUGGAAGGCACGAUGGUUUAUCCUUCGGCAGAACACACUCCUGUAUUACAAGCUAGAAGGUGGCCGGCGAGUGACCCCACCCAAGGGAAGGAUCCUUCUCGAUGGCUGCACCAUCACCUGCCCCUGCUUGGAGUAUGAAAACCGGCCGCUUCUCAUUAAGCUGAAGACCCGAACGUCCACUGAGUACUUCCUGGAGGCCUGUUCUCGAGAGGAGAGGGACUCCUGGGCCUUUGAGAUAACAGGCGCUAUCCACGCAGGGCAGCCGGGGAAGGUCCAGCAACUCCACAUACAGAAAAACUCCUUCAAGUUGCCCCCACACAUAAGCCUUCAUCGAAUUGUGGACAAGCUGCACGACAGCAGCAGUGGAAUCCGGCCGUGUCCCAACAUGGAGCAGGGAAGCACCUACAAAAAGACCUUCCUAGGCUCCUCCUUGGUGGACUGGCUCAUCUCCAGCAACUUUGCAGCCAGCCGUCUGGAGGGGGUGACCCUGGCCUCCAUGCUUAUGGAAGAGAACUUCCUCAGGCCAGUUGGGGUCCGGAGCAUGGGAGCUAUUCGUUCCGGGGAUCUGGCCGAGCAGUUUCUGGAUGACUCCACAGCCCUGUACACUUUUGCUGAAAGCUACAAGAAGAAGGUCAGCUCCAAGGAGGAGAUCAGUCUCAGCACCAUGGAGUUAAGUGGCAUAGUGGUCAAGCAAGGCUACCUAUCCAAGCAGGGGCACAAGAGGAAAAACUGGAAGGUGCGCCGAUUUGUUCUGAGGAAGGAUCCAGCUUUCCUGCACUACUAUGACCCUUCUAAAGAAGAGAACAGGCCGGUAGGUGGAUUUUCUCUUCGAGGAUCCCUUGUGUCUGCUCUGGAGGAUAAUGGUGUUCCUACUGGAGUUAAAGGGAAUGUCCAAGGAAAUCUCUUCAAAGUGAUUACGAAGGACGACACACACUAUUAUAUCCAGGCCAGCAGCAAGGCUGAGCGAGCAGAGUGGAUUGAAGCUAUCAAGAAGCUAACAUGACCUACGGGAACAGGACCAGGGAUCAGCCGAUACAGAUGGGAUUUCAUGGAGAACUGGAGUACAAGACUGGACUUGGGAUAUGGCUCAGAGGUAGAGGACCUGCCUAGGCAAUCCUGAGGCCCCGGGUUCAAUUCUUGGAAGUGUUUAACAUUGUCCCUUUUGUACUGCUUUGGAGCGAGACUACUCAAGAUGGUUCCUUAGAUGAUACUGGUGGAGUGACUUCCCUCCGUCUUCCUGUCAACGACUUGAAAAGCUAGAACAGCUGUUAGGCAGCUGAAGGACAGAAAUCUGUCUUGCAAGGCAGUGGUGGGGCACACCUUUAAUUCCAGCACUUGGGAGGCAGAGACAGGUGGAUCUCUUUGAGUUCGAGCCCAGCUUGGUCUACACAGAGAAGUCAUCUCAAGAAACCACAAACACAAAAAAAUUUGUGUCUUUGGGGACCAUAGUAGUAUGUAUCUCUUUGUUGGAACACUAACUCAGACUCAAGAUACUUUUCUUAAGUGAUUUCAACAAUUCACAUUUCUGGAAUUAAUAAAGAUUGACAUUUAUUUCUAUAGUUCUUAUACAGUUCUAUGAUCCCCACAGGUUUACUCCCUGUAAGGCCCUAUGUAUUACAGAAACUGGUUAUGGGAAAACGUCAAGCAACCUGUCACUGUGAUGACAUAUCUCACAGUGGGGAUGCUGGCAGACUGUUUAAUGUUCACAGGAUAAGACAGCAAAUAUACAAGUCACAGACUCUUGAAAAAAUUUGUCAAAAAAAAAAAGAGACAGAAAUACAGGUUUUUCUGUACAAAAUGACAUCUCUGAACAACAAAGAUACAAAGGGCAAAGUUAAAUCAAGGGCUAAGACUGGUCUAAAGAUGAAAUUAACUGAACUAAGUGAAGAAAUUUGGAAGGUUAACCUGAAGUGAAAAGUCUUUAUCAUAGUGUUUUUAUAAACAUUUUUAUUAACUUUAUAAUCUGGCACAAGUCAUGGAGAGCAUUCUUGCCAAGGACAAUGGUGUGGACUUUGAUAAAAUACAUAACUUACAUUUAUUUAAGGGGAAUGGAUAUUCCUAAAGUGCCUAAGUAAAAACUUCUCUCAAAAUAGAUUUCCUCUUAAAAAUGCCGGCUCGUUUGGCAUUUUUACAGGUUUAAUGUACCCAGUUACUUUUAGGAUAUUGACAAGUGCAUAUCUGAAUUAAGUUGCAUUUGGUUUGAUAUCUUCCUGCCUCCAAACUGACACAGCCAUACCUCCCAGGACUAAGGGUGGGACAAGGAUUCUCAAGGGUUCUGAAACAGGUAAAGACAGCUUCAGACAAAGCAGUAAAGCUGGCAAGGUAGCAGAACGUUUAUCCCUACUCACAUUAAUAGUUCUUGAUGGAAAAGGAAGAAACUAGAACACAAAGGACUGGUGCACACAGCAGAAUGUGCUGCUACUCAGCGGCACAGAGACUGACACAGCUCUGCAGCUCAUUAAGAACUUGACCAUCUUCAAAAACAAAACACAGCCGGGCGAUGGUGGCGCACGCCUUUAAUCCCAGCACUCAGGAGGCAGAGGCAGGUGGAUCUUUCUGAGUUCGAGGCCAGCCUGGUCUACAGAGCUAGUUCCAGGACAGGCUCCAAAGCUACAGAGAAACCCUGUGUCUCAAAGUACCAACAAAACAAAACAAAACAAAGCAAAACCACCCCAAGCUUUAACAUAUUCAUGAGAAUUGGUAUGUUUGACUAUAAAACUGAUAUAAAAGCAGUUUCAACAUUUAAUUUUUUUAGUCCAUUUCAAAUAAUGUAGGAA